AUGGACCACCUGGACAGACCGGCCAACCCAGUCAAAGAUCAAUUCAAGAUCGCAUACCUGUGUCUGGCACCAUACGAUGGCGGGGACUUCCUCACUUACCCGUCCCGACGCGGAUUUGACGACAUGGGAGUGCUAGAAGGCGACUUUACACGCAAGUCCCCCAUUGGCAAGGACGAGCCCGUCGGCAUCACCUUGGUGCAGUCUUUCCUGCAAUCGUGGCUCUUCUUUGGGCUGUUAUGCGAGGUGUACAAAGUUAUCGGGCGCCCUUUUCAUCAACGCGACUAUAUCUCCGAAGACUCGUUGCUGGUCAGAGGCGAUGGCCAGGGGAGAGGACUGACGCGACGGGUCAACACCAGCGCCUUGCCUGAGCUGCUCGCCUUCUGGAUUGACAGCUUCAAGCAGAAGAGGGCGACGGGGGAGCUAUCCUUCGAGGACGUCCAGCGCCUGUGCAUGCGCAUCGACACGUACUUGCAGACCAGCUACAAGAUGUGUUUCCGCCUGGUGCGGGGUUACCACAGCUAUGUCGACGAAGAGCUGCUCCUGUCGUUGAUGUGUCUCGGCAACGCCAUCGACGAUGCGAUGGUGGUCGUCAACAACCGGUGCUUCUACGACUUCCUGCCCCUGCACCUGCGCGGCACCCAGAUUACGCCGCCGGGCUGGUCGCCCAUAAAGCGAAGGUGGGAUGCGCCCAAGAGUGUGUUUAACGGGCUUCUCUUCUCGGGCUGGUGUCCCUUUGACAUUGGCAUCUUGAAGCGAGAUUUCGGCAUCAACGAAAUCAUCUACGCCACGCAGUUGCGCCGGCACGGCAGUUUGCAGCGCCACAUGGCGUGCAGCACGACCGCGUGCACCGCGAACAACAUCGACGAAGCGACGUACAAGACCCGUCAUGGGACGCUGGGGUCGGGCUGCGUCGGCACAGAUUGCGACGACGUCGAGUUCGACUAUGACACCAUUUGCGAGACCAUCCGGUCGGGGCUGACCCCGAUUAUCAAGUCCGAGAUCAACGCGUACGGAGAGUUUGAGUUCAGCAUCGUCCCGUAUCUGGGGGAAGGGGAUGCUUACGUUGCCAUCAGCCACGUCUGGGCUCAUGGGAUGGGCAACACCAGAAAGAACACCCUACCAAGGUGCCAGCUCCAGUCACUCCACCAGCGGACUGUCGUUCUCUUGGCUGGCUUCAGUGCAAUCGAUGCUCCACCGGUCCGCCCGAACAUCCGAGCCAGAAGAUUGAGCUAUUUCUGGCUCGACACAAUAUGUGUCCCCGUGCAGCCUGCCAAUGUCGACGUGCGGAAGAUGGCGAUCUCGCAAAUGGCCCAAGUGUACGAACAGGCACACUCGGUCUUGGUCCUCGACGAGGGUCUUCUGCACACAUCCCUCCGGACCGACGACAGGUCAGCCAAAACAGUGUCGGCAUACAGGGGCCGCGGGCCUCCGCCACCGGUGAGGCAGAAAGACCUCGUCAUGUCGGUCAUGUUCUCGGACUGGUGGCGGCGGCUGUGGACGCUCCAGGAAGGCGUGCUGCCCGACUAUCUGUUUGUCGCCUUCGCCGACUGCUCGAUGCACCUGAGCCACGUCGUGCCCGCGGGCGCGGAAGAGCACGUCAUGAACCGCGCCGACCUCUCGUCUGACCGCGUUAAGGAGGGGCUCAACGACCUGAUCGAGAAAUCGCACCUCGCCAACGAACACGGCAUCAUCACCGUCGACCGCAAAAUCUCCAAGGAGAACAUGGAGUACCGCCGCCGUGUGCUCCGCCUUCUCUGCAACCGCGCGACCAGCAGAUCCAGCGACGAGCCCAUCUGCCUCGCGACCCUCAUGGGUCUGGACCCGCAAAUCCUCCUGGAUACGCCCCCGAAGGAGAGAAUGCAAAUGCUGUAUGCCUGUCUGGGCACCCUCCCCGCGGGCCUCGUCUUCCUGCCGGUCCCAAAGCUCGAGGCCGAGAAUUUCCGCUGGGCGCCGCGCUCGCUCAUCGGUGUCCCCAUCAGCCUGAUGACCACCCAAGUCCUACUGUCCGAAGAAGAUAGCGAAGCCGAAGUCACCGAGGCAGGAAUCCGGCUGCAAGCGACGGGCUACCCGCUCGCGUCGCUCGACACGCCCCUCAACGACAACUUCUACAUCUUCCCCGGUCCGCCGGGCCAGAUACCCUCCGAGGGAGAGGACGAACAGUGUUUGACAGAUGUCGACAAAGUCAGGUCGAGUAACACGCAGGUCGUCGCGAUCGUGCACUACGACCAGACCGUGCAGGAUCAAUUCGGCGACGCCACGGGUUUUGGAGUGGCGCCCUGGUCGUCCCUGGGCAAGCAAGAUCUCAUUGAUCCCGUCGUCGUCCUGCCCCAUCUGCGGAGAAUCGAGCGCGCGGCACAGCAUCCGGGUGUCCUCGUCACCAAACCCCAGCUGGUCGACGGCGUGUGGCAUGCCAGGUUUUUGUGCAAUAUUUGGUGUCAUCGCAAUUCGAUGGCCAUGUGGGGGGACAACCACCGGUCGGAUCCGGGGACCGUCAAGAAUAGGCUGAGGGCCGAAAGGGCGGCGGUGGCGCAGGGCUCGCGGACGGGUAACAUGGCGUGGUUUCGCGGAUCGGAGGUUCUAAGAGAUUGGUGUAUUUCUUGA